GUCAUUUGUAGUGUCAAAAUGAUCGUCAUACGUCAUAAUUUUUGUGAUCAUUCAAUCAUUUGGAAUAUCCUUCACCUGUGUCUUUUCACUCGAAAAUUUAUAUAAAUUUGAAAUUCUCCACUGUAAUUUCGAUAACGAAAUAAUCUAAUAUGGGCUUGUGAAAAAUGGGUUUUGAACUGAACAGAUUCCAAGGAGAAGUAGACGAAGAGCUAGUAUGUCCAAUCUGUUCAGGAGUUUUGGAAGAUCCACUACAGGCCCCGGUUUGUGAACACGCCUUUUGCAAACCGUGCAUAACAGAAUGGAUUUCUAGACAACCGACUUGUCCGGUAGACAGGCAGAGUGUAACAUCACCCCAAUUGAGACAAGUACCAAGAAUAUUGCGAAACUUAUUGUCUAGGCUGUCAAUAAACUGUGAUAACGCCCAGUACGGGUGUACACGGGUCCUCAAGCUGGAUUCGCUCCCCGCCCACCUAGAAGAAUGUGAAUACAAUCCGAAGAGGCCGCUGCCUUGCGAGCAAGGUUGUGGCCUCAUUAUACCAAAAGAUGAAUUCAAAGAUCACAAUUGCGUUAAAGAGCUGAGGGCGUUGAUACACAGCCAACAGCAGAAAAUGAACGAAUUCCAGCAGGAAAUCAACGAGCAGAGGUUUCUCAUAGCGGAGCAAAGGCGAGAGAUGCAGCUUUUAAAAGAUUUUAUGAGGGCAAUGCGAAUAUCCAAUCCUUCCAUGAGAGCAAUAGCUGAUGCGAUGGAGAGAGACGAGGUGCUUAGGUGGAGCAAUUCACUCCAAAGGGCCAGAGUCACUAGAUGGGGAGGAAUGAUAUCAACCCCAGAUGAAAUACUUCAGCGGAUGAUAAAACGCACCCUGACCGAGAUGGGCUGUCCGCCGCACAUCCUAGACGACCUGAUGGAGAACUGUCACGAACGCAGAUGGCCGCCCGGCCUCUGUUCGUUGGAGACGCGCCAAAACAACCGCAGACAAUACGAGAACUACGUGUGCAAAAGGGUGCCCGGCAAGCAGGCCGUGCUGGUGCUCUAUUGUGAUAACGCGCACAUGAGCGAGGACAUGAUGGUGGAACCCGGUUUGGUCAUGAUAUUCGCGCACGGCAUCGAAUAAAAAAACCGCCUCUAGGAAAUGUUAGAAGUGGGAUGGAUGAUAACUGAAGAGUGAGAGAGAUAGUCGCGGACAAAGAGGGAAAAUGGAAGGAUCGUUUGGAAUUUUUUGUCGUGGCAGAAACUCGUCCAAUCGACUUAUUUUGAGUCCAAAAAUACGUGGUGCUUCUAUGUCAUGGGACAUCCAAGAACAUUUGUUUAGAACAAUAGUCAUCAUCUACAAAGAGGCUUUAGGCAGAACGAGGAACCCUCGUAUUUCAUUAUACGUAUAAAAAAAAUAAAGUUUCACAGUAUUCCAGAGUAAAAUUUCAUCUACCAAUCUACAUUCCAUUACCAAGUGAUUUAAACACGCACCCCUGCUUGGAGCCUCAACUUGCCAUAUGACGUCAGGUCAGUCUGAUCGCCUGUAAUUGCGAAAUAAAUACAUCCUCCAUUUACUCUCUUUUUCUUGACAUAAUAUUAACUUCUCCACUCUAUUUCUCUCUGAGGUUGACGUGUGUCUAAGGUGAUGCCCCGUGACAAUAUUCUGCGAAUCGACUUUUAUAUUUUAUGGUUUUAUAAAUAACAUUGAUAUCGGCCAAAUUUGAUGUUUCUGUUUACAUUCCAGAAAUGUUCACCUAUUCGUCGUAAACAUUUGAACUCAACUUCACAUUCAUAACGUAGUUUUUCCAACUUUUGUGUCAUUAUGACAUAUCACGAGACACAUACCACCAAAUGUUCGCUACUUAACAUGACUGUAUUGCCAGUCCUUAUAUUGUGGUUACUAAAAAUACAAAGUGCCAAGUAACGUUCGACAUUGAGCAUUAUCUUCACGUUUGGCAACCUCAAUGAAAGUUUUGUUUGUAUUCUUGAAUUGUGUACGGAAAACAACGGGACUUUUUAAAUUUCGCGGGUUUAAUUGUCAAUUUUUUUAUGUUGGUGUGUAGAUGCCCCGGAAGUAUGAUAGAAAUUUCAGUAGUAUUUAUUGUUGACUUCGCCUGUGGCAGCCGGUAAGAAUAGACGUGAUUUUCGCUUUUUUUUUAAAGAAUCAAAUGAUUUCCAUCAGAUUUUGCGUAAAAAUUAACAAAAUCUACGGUGAGUCAGGUAUGAGUAGAACAAGAGCUUACGAGUAGUAUAAGCGUUUCCAAGAUGGGCGUGAAAAUGUUGAAGAUAAUGAACGCUCCAGCCCAUCAUCAAACGACGUUUCUCUAAGCAAUCCGAAAAAAAAAUGUCCGGAUUUGUGGAAAAAAAUCGUGGCAAUACACCUGCUCACACUUCAUUGCUUGUGCGUGAAUUUUUGGCCAAAAACACUAAUGUAACAACGCUCCAGCCUCCAUAUUCGCCGGACAUUUCUCCGUGUGACUUUUUUAUUUCCAAAUAUUUAGAGAAACUUAAAAGGCCCGCCGAGAAGAGGUUUGAAAGAAGCGCUAGCACAGGUGCAUAAUAUCUAAUGCCGACUAUUUUCAAAGCGAUAAGAUUAAUAUAGACUAAUAAAUGAAUAUUUUUUCGAAAAACGAAAAUCCGUUAUUUUCUGAACACCUCGUAUAUUGAUGCAUGUGUUGUAUAAUAUCAGUGGACAGUAUCGAAUGCAAUCAGUUUCAACCACAGUUUUUCUUGUUAACAUAUGCAAAAGUAAUUCUUGACUGUAAAUCUUGUUCAUCUUGAAAUGCAGUUAGUUCUAAAUGUUUUUUAAAAUUUCUACGAAAAAAUGGUACAAUCCAUUCCUUUCCCAGAAAUAAUAGGGUUAAGUUAAUUAGUACUUGGAAAACAGCUAAACAAAAUAUGCUCCCGAUAGUGCCAGUUCAUACUGAUUUGGUGACAAAGUGAUGUGUUAUCAAAAAAAAAAACGCAAAUAUUGAACCGUUUUUUCGGUCCAUCAUUAAGAACAAUGAGUUGAUUAUAAGGAUUCGUUAGUUGAAUAUUUGGUUUUACGUAUAAGUGGUUUGGUGUUGCCAGAAACAGUCAAAAUUCAGUUACACAAAGGCAUUACGGAUUAAUGUUGCUGUAUAAAUCCUAACCGUCAUAAUUGCGUGUGGUGGAAUUAAUUUUUGUCAGUAAACCUUUCAAAUUGUAAUUUUCAUUUUAUGUACCUCCGAGGUUUGCGAGAUACUGUAUGAUGCAGUUCGUACCAAGAUUCCAUGUCGCUGCAAAUAUGAGCGGUACUAGAGAAGAAAUCUACCUAGCCAUGAAACAAAAGACGUACGAUUAUUUUGUAAAUUUUUCGAUUGUUUUUUAAUGGCUAGGUAGAUGUCAUUUCUAGUAUUCCUCGUAUGUUUAUCGUUCAUUUUCCAGCUACUAAUAUUGUGACAAACGAUGAUACAUCUAGUUGAAUUUUUUGUACCCUGGAUCAGAUGCUCGAUAUAAUGAAUUGUUCUCGAAAUAGUAGCAUACAUUUUUUAACAUGAAUACCUGUAAGAACCUGAUGAGUAUAUAGAAAAACAUGCUACAAGGUAGCCAACACAACGUUGGCGAUAUAUUUGCAGCUAUUAAAAAACCUUGUUAGGCUCAAUGUAAAAAAGUGGCAUAUUUAUAUAGAUGUACUCUUCAGUUUUAUCGAAAGAUGCUCCACAGCUUGGAUAGCAACUUGGUGCUGUUAAAUUUUGUAUCUGUGGUCAUUAUGGAAUUUUGGUAGGGUUUUGCUGUAACAUAGCUCACAUAUAUAAUGUUCAUUAUCAACCAAUUUUGGAGUCUAGUGAUAUACGUAGCCACACUGGCGGUUGCAUUAUGAAACAGUGAAGAUGCAGGAACAUUCUUUUAUAUUCGACUAGUAAGCCCCUUACAUCGAAACUAUACAUUUUCUAAAAAAAUUAUUAGUAGAUGACUUGGCAAUACUUUCUUAUUUCACCAUUUGAUAUGUGUUAAAUUAAAACUAUGAUUUCUUAACAUUGAAUUUUAAAUAUCAAAAAUACUAACUGCACUAAUUUGUCGCAUAUACAGGAUGUUUUGGAAGUUAGAACUUUCCUUUUCAGGAACAACUAAGCUUGAAGUGACACUGAAACGACAACCAAAAAAAAAAAAACGCGUUAAUAGCAAACUGAGCUAAAAUGUAGAAAAUAAUUUUCAACUUUAGAAGAGUUCGUUACUGCACGAGGAAGUCCAACAAUCAAGUAUGACUAAAUGAUUUGGAACAAUAUCAAUUUGAAAAUUAAGAUAGUAACAAAAAAAUCAAUUAUAAUAAAACUAUGAAAAUAUAGUUAAAUGCAUCGCACACCUUUUACUUUAUUUGAAUUUUUGAUAUUUUAAAUCAUACUUGACUGUUGGAGUUUCUAUUGGAGCAACACAAACUCACCUAUACUUAAAAAUUUUCUACUUUUAAGUUCGAUUUGCUAUUAAAGCAUGUUCUUUUAGUUUUUUUAAACGAUAAUUUGUUUGAAUUCCUAAUCUGAAAAGUACGUAUAAUAUAAUCAACAGUUUCGAUUGUUGGUAUAUUUUAUAUUUAACAAUAAAUCUAAAUUUACUUCAUUAUUUCAAAUUUCGAAAUUAACAAACUUUUCUUUCAAAUUUGAAAAUUUGGAAAAUAACUAGGAAAUUCAAAAAUAUGGAAAAUAAUUUGAAGAUUUGGAAAUUUUGAGAAAAUAUACCAAAAAUCGACGCUCUUGAUUCGUUGUCGUUUUGAGAUUAAAAAUUCUGAAAAUAAGGAAAAUGUUCGACCCAAUUUCAGCAAUUUAAAAAAAUCUGUUUAACUUGAAAAUUUGCACAGGGCUCAAGAGCUGAUUACAAUACAAUAAUCUUGGCAAAAAAUCGAAUUAGAAAAUAAAAAAAUAAUUUUGAAGUUUGGAGAAAGUGGAUUUGAAAAUUUGGAAAUUUUGAAAACAUUUUGAAAAUUUGAAAAAAUAUACCACAAAUCGAAGCUCCUGAUUCGUUUUUGUUUUUCAGACUAAAAAUUCAGAAAACAAAUUAUAGUGCAAAAACAUGCAUUAAUAGCAAAUCUAACUAAAAAGUAUAAAAUAAUUUUCAAAAAUAGAAUAUAGAAAGAACUUUUGUUUUUUUUUUCAAAAACUAAAAUUCAUUACAGAACAUAUAAGCGGUGUGAAGGAAAGCUUCAACUUUGAGAACGACCUGAAUAAUAUUCAACAAUUUAUCUAGAAAACUUUCAGUAAGAUUUCUUUAGAACAGACAACAAAAUACAACUGCCUUUUGCUUAGAUGUUGGUCGUUUCUUCGCAGUUUCUAGCAUCUGCCAAUAGCGCUGCGUGAACUGUUUAUAUAUUAAUAAUUUUUUAUCUGAUCUCACGUCAUGAUUAUUAAACUACAUUUUGGCUAUGGUGACAUGUUUUAGAGACUAGUCAAACAAAAAAUGUGAUAAAAGCAAUUUGCUGCAAUUGUUUUGUUUUAUUUCUAGCCGGCUUGAUUCUUACGAUUUCAAUCUGUUUAUGUCGUGCUACAGAAUAAGAUUUUAUUUUCUUCAACGGAUCAAUAUGGAUUUUGUAAAUUCAAUAGCAGCUAGUAGUAUUUUAUUAAUAUAUCUAGUUAAUAUCUAUACUUUAAUAUGCAUUUACAAUAACAAAUUUCCCAUGUACGUUUUUUAAUAAACUUGUUUCUUC